AUGAAAAAAUAUAUCGUUAAAAAAUUGGCAGAAGCAUUAUCAGAUGAUGAUAUUGUACCAACUUACAGAGAAGAAGCAACGGAUGACGAUGGUGAUGCUGGUGGUAUUAUUAACUCAGCUAAGAAGAUGAGAGCAUCCGGCUUACCAUAUGAAAAAGUGAAAAUCUUCUCUGAUGGCAAAUGUGCUGAAGAGGAGGUUGUUAAAUAUAAUAAUUUCAAAUGGACCUGGUGUAAAAUUAAUGAUACAGAACAAGGAACGAAAAAAUAUUAUAAAUGCAGCUUCAAACGUGGUUCAAAUUGUCCAGCAAAAAUUUAUUUAUUAUUUCAUGCAAGCAACUUUGAAGUAACAUUAUUUCAAGCAAUUAUUCAGCAUGAUCAUAGAACAGUAAGCAAACAAACUGGUAUUCCAUUUGAAGUAAAAAAUGUUAUUAUUGAAUUAUUUCAAAAUGGAUACACUACACCAAAAGCUAUUUUAUCUGAACUUGAUAAACGGAAAAUAAUACAACCAAAGGCAUCGCAAAUUUCAAGCUUUUUGGUAACUCUUCGCAGGAAAUUUUAUGGUCCAGCUCAAAUUAGUUUAAAUCAUAUAAAAAAUUGGUGUAUUGAAAAAUCUAUUAUUCCAAAUGAUCCUGAUCAAUGUUUUGUUGCUAAUUAUUAUAUCAAAGAUGGUGAUGCCGAUCCAUUAUUUAGAUUAUUUGUUACAACCAAAAAUUUAAUGAAAAAUUGUUUAAAUUCAAAUCAUGUAUGUGCAGAUGCAACUUAUAAAUUAAUAUGGCAGGGUUAUCCUGUAUUGAUGGUGGGUACUACUGAUAAACAGUGUGCUUUUCAUCCAUUUGGUAUUGCAUUAUGUAUAAAUGAACAGACUACUGAUUUUGAGUUCAUAUUUAAAAGUGUCCAAUUAACUGUUAUUUUUUUCUGUUACUUUAAUUAUUAA